GGAGUGAGGGGAGAGAGAAACCACCGGCUCUGCGUCCAGGACUCCCUCUACCUGGCAUCCAGCCCAUCGUCAGGACCAGAGCGCAGCAACGCCUGAUCUGGGGCACCACAAUCUCUGUGGGACGGCUCAGGGGACUUUCUUUUGCUUAGACAGUCUUCACAGAGCAGCUAAAAGAGAGGGUAAGAGAGGAACAAGAAACAGCAGCUCCACGGCAGGCCGGCCCUCCAGGUGAGACCUGAGACCCUCAGCGUGGGCCUCCACUGACCAGACGCUGCCCAGGAUGACCUCUCACAACAUGUCCUGGAUUCAAUACCCCAACGACGUGUCCACGGCCGUGGAGGAUGUCAUAGCGUCACAGAGCAUCAUUGCCCGGUGCAUGCACGUCUACAUGGCUCUGUGUGCCCCAGUGAGCUUGGUGACCGGACUAUUCAACUUGACCACCUUCAUCCGAAGCCGUGCCAGGCUGGGGGCCUUGGAUGCAUUCCUCCUAGACCUCACUGUCACCAACGUGUUGAUGACAUUUCUCUCUCUCACCAUUGUCAGCCGGCCACACUACCUGGCCACAACCAAACUGAGCUGCGCAGUCCUCUCCUUUCUUUUCAACCUCUGCUACUUCAAUACUCAGUACGUGCAGGUGGCGAUGCUCUUUGUGUUCCUGCUGCAAGGCUCCCCAUUUUGUCUCUGCAUGGCCACAAAGGGGGUACAAAGGCCUGCGGCAGGCCUGGUGGCCAUCUGGGGCUGUGCCCUUUGUAGCUCCCUGGCAGUGGUGGCCCUGCUGGGCAUAUCCAAGGAGCUGCACAGUACUACUCAGUGCCAGCUAGACCUCCUGAUUGCCUGGCCAGAGUAUGAAAUAGUGAAGUUUAGCCUGGGCUUCGGAUUUUCCCUGGUCCUGGAGCUGGCCUUCUUCAUCCUCUUGGUCAUGAGGCUGGCCUGGCGGACAACUUCCCCCCAGAGGAAUACAGCCUCUGCUCAUCUGGUAGUUCUGGCUGUGGCCCUGACCACAUUUGCCUGCCGGCUCUUCUACAACGUCAUACUGCUACAGCGGGCCAGGCUGAAGCUGCAGAGGGACCUGGGCUCGCCGCGUGAUGAGCUGCUCAUGAACCUAGCAGAGAUAGUCCUGUUUGGAGAGAGCUGUAUGAAUUCUCUCGCCAUCCUUCUCCUCCAUACACCUUGUAGGCUUGCCCUUCGGAACAUUCCAGAAUGCCUCACCCAAAUGUGCAGGAGAGGAGAGGCUGGCAACAGCAUUUCUUUGAGUUGAAUGGGAGCCCCUGCCUGCAGAGACAAGCCUGACAGUGAGUGGGAGUCUCCUGGGCAGUCAGGGAACACUCUCUGUUUGCCAACACAUAAGUCUGCUUGGUGAGAACCAAUGGGCUAUGUGAUUGUUUGCAAGGUGCUUAUUAAAAACCAGCUUUCUGCCAUUCAACUCAAUUUAUGCCAAAGCACAAUAAUAUUUUGGCCCAAACCCAUAUCUACACCUGCUGGAAAACGUGCAAGUCAAGGAUAUGGUCACUGUAGGAACAGCGCUGGCUAGACAUGGUCCUGGCUUUGACAGAACGUGCCCCGAUUCCCUAUCCACAUCCAUGAGGGAAUUCUAGGCUUUGUCUGUCUGCUGGUUGGCAUCUACCCCAACUAAGAAAAAGAGGGACUCUUGAAGAUAAAGACAUUUAAAUAACCCUAUGACCAUGUUAUAAUAUGGUCCCAAAUGGUCAUAGUUGGUAAACCCUCAAGACUACAAGGAGUUUGGUGUGACAGAAAUCUUGCUAAGAAGAUUUGUUUUGUCUUUUUAAAAUUUGUCACCGUUAUUGCAGGUCUGAGACUCACAUGCGUACAUGCGCUAAAUACUGACUUAAGUCUAUCAUAGCACGCGCUGCUCUCCUAGGACCUGCUCUCCAGAGGC